AUGAGCUCGUCGCCGCCCCCGUCGGAGCCCUACUUCGACAUUGGCAAGUUUCACCGCGAGAUCAGUACGACCUCGCCAGAAGCUCAGAUCUGGUUCGACAGGGCUCUAGUCUGGAUUCACGGCUUUCACGGGGAUGAGGCUGCCCAUUGUGCUGAGAACGCCCUCUUAUGGGACCCGACAAGUGCCAUCAGUCUCUGGGCAAUGCUGGCGGCUCUCUCGCCCAACUACGCCAAGUCUUGGGCCGUCAUGGGACCGAUGAAGAACUCUACGAUGGAAGUAUGGAUGAAAAACAAGGAUGAGAUGUUGAGGCUUGCUGAGAAUGCUCCUCCAGUCGAAGCUGGUCUGUGCAAGGCGUUGAUCCAUCGAUUCCCCCCCGACACACCCGAGACGGAGGAAGAUUGGGAUUUUGCAGCAUUAAACCACGCUUACGCCGAAGCUAUGGGACACGUCUACGACCAGUUCCCUGAUGACCUGGACGUGGCCUCUUUAUAUGCAGACUCUCUAUUGUGUCUGUCACCCUGGAAAUUGUGGGAUCUUGGGACUGGCGAACCUUUGCCUGGAUCUCAAGCCGUGCGGACCAAACAAGUCCUCGACAAGGCUUACGCCACGCCCGAGGGUAAACGCCAUCCUGGCAUCCUUCACCUCUACAUACACCUGAUGGAGAUGUCGGGAACCCCAGAGAACGCCGUCCCGGCAGGCGACAAACUACACGGCCUCAUCCCCGAUGCCUCUCAUCUCAACCAUAUGCCAUCUCACAUCUAUGUUCUCGUCGGUGACUAUCGUCGAGCCAUCAGUGCCAACAGUCGAGCGUUAUUCGAUGACGAACUCUACGUAUCCAAGGGGAAGCCUUCUUUAUGGUACAAUAUCCUUCGACUACACAACAUGCACUCUCUCGUAUAUGCUGCCAUGUCAAGUGGAAACUGGGAGGACGCGAGGGACAACCUCAAACUCGUCGAAACCGACACGGUCGAGGAUUUGGCGCGAACCAUGCCGAAUGUCCUCGAAGGUUUCCUAGGUACCUGGGCACAUGUUUAUGUUCGCUUCGGAAGGUGGGAUGAGAUCCUUGCCAAACCUUUGAGAGACGACCCAGAGUUCUACUCGUGCUCGACCUCGAUGCACCGUUACGCUCGAGGCAUCGCGCUCGCAGCUCAAAACAGGGUCAGAGAAGCGGACAUUGAGCUGGAAGAGAUGAAGCGUACCAUGGCCAAGAUUCCCAAAGGCCGCUUGAUGUUCCCCAACGAGGCGAUAGACGUGUUGCAAGUCGGAGAAGCAAUGCUAGAGGGAGAAAUCGAGUACCGCAGAGGCAACUUUCAAGCUGCAUUCGAGCAUCUGCGCGAGGCAAUGAAGCGAUAUGAUGGCUUGGUCUAUGGAGAGCCGUGGUCAUGGAUGAUGCCCGUCCGACAUGCUUACGCCGCCUUACAACUGCAGCAGGGCCAUAUCGAAGAGGCUCUCAAAACAUACGAGGACGAUCUGGGCUAUAGUUCCACUCUGGCCCUCGCACAUCAACAUCCGAACAAUGUCUGGGCACUCCAUGGGUAUCACGAGUGCGUCACUCGAUUGGGCUUGAAGAAACAGGCUCAAAUGGUUUACCCACAUCUGCGACUCGCCUUGGCCGUCGCAGACGUACCGAUAACUUCGUCCUGCUUCUGCCGCUUGAACAUCCAGAAAGCCAACGGUACGGCAGCCAACGGUGUUCCCAAUGGUUGCUGUCAAUGA